AUGGGAGGGCUAAGAAAAGGGCAAGCAAAAACCCCUUUCAAUUUUCCCACUCGAGACAGCUUUCCGAGUCUAAAACCCUCUUUCUGCCCCCACUGCAGCUCAGCACAGGCGGCCAUUGCCAUGGCUACCAGCAAAGAAUUCGUCUUUGAAGCUCCCAGCGACGAGGAAAUCGAAAAUGAAUCUGAAAGUGAAUCCGAUGAAGAAGUAGAAGAAGAAGAAGCACAGGAAUCCGAGCGCAAAGAAGAAAAAGUGCCCAAAAAUAAGAAAGCGCAGUCGCCGUGGGACUUCUCUUCCUACUCGGAGUCCGUCGCCGACGAACACUCUCGGCGGAGCACCACUUCAAUCGACUACAAAAUCGGCAAAGCUCGCGAGCGGCUUCCCAUCACCGCCGCCGCCGGCGAAGAUAAUGGCUCCGGCGAUUCUGAUUCCGAACCUAACCUCCAGGAGGAAUAUAGGCCGGAAGAGGAGGAUGAUGUGCCUACUACGAGUGGGAAUGAUAAACCUUUCUUUGCAACGGUGGAGGGCGUAACAUAUCAUGCUAAUUCGUUUUUGGAUUUGAAUCUCUCCAGGCCGUUGCUUAGGGCCUGUGAAGCUCUGGGUUACAGUAAACCCACUCCCAUUCAGGCUGCUUGUAUACCAUUGGCCUUAACUGGACGCGAUAUUUGUGGGAGUGCUAUCACUGGUUCCGGAAAGACAGCUGCAUUUGCUCUGCCAACAUUAGAGAGGCUUUUUUUCCGGCCAAAGAAUAGGCCGGCUAUAAGGGUGUUAAUACUCACUCCAACGAGGGAGUUGGCUGUUCAGAUUCAUAGUAUGAUUGGCAAACUUGCUCAGUUUAUGACCGACAUUAGAUGUUGUCUGGUCGUUGGUGGUCUUUCAACGAAGGUGCAAGAAGCAGCCUUGAGAUCACUUCCGGAUAUAGUUGUUGCUACUCCAGGACGCAUGAUAGAUCACUUGCGCAACUCUAUGUCAGUACAUCUAGACGAACUUGCAGUUUUGAUACUUGAUGAAGCUGAUCGGCUUCUUGAGCUUGGAUUCAGUGCAGAAAUUCAUGAGUUGGUGAAGUUGUGUCCUAAAAGGAGGCAGACCAUGUUAUUUUCAGCAACCAUGACCGAGAGAGUUGAUGAACUUGUCAAGCUCUCUCUGGUUAAACCACUCCGCUUAUCAGCUGAUCCAUCAACAAAGCGGCCAUCAGCAUUAACUGAGGAGGUGGUUCGUAUACGCCGAACGCUCGAAGGGAAUCAAGAAGCAGUUCUUCUUGCAUUAUGCUCCAAAACAUUCACAUCUAAAGUGAUUAUUUUCAGUGGAACCAAGAAGGCAGCACAUAGAUUGAAAAUUUUAUUUGGGUUAUCUGGAUUUAAAGCAGCUGAGCUUCAUGGAGACCUCACCCAGGCCCAGCGUCUUGAUGCCUUGGAGCUGUUCAGGAAGCAACAAGUGGAUUUUCUAAUUGCUACAGAUGUUGCUGCUCGUGGUCUUGAUAUUAUAGGAGUUCAGACAGUUAUCAAUUUUGCAUGUCCUCGAGACCUUACGAGUUAUGUACACCGAGUGGGUCGUACUGCCAGAGCCGGCAGAGAAGGUUAUGCUGUUACAUUUGUUACUGAUGAUGACCGGUCUCUCUUGAAAGCAAUAGUUAAGAAAGCUGGUUCAAGGCUCAGAAGCCGGAUUGUAGCUGAGCAAUCAAUAAGGAGAUGGUCCCAAAUGAUUGAGCAAAUGGAAGACGAAGUGUCCUCAAUUCUUCUUGAAGAAAGGGAAGAAAUGGCACUAAGGAAAGCUGAAAUGGAGGCAACAAAGGCGGAGAACAUGAUUGCUCACAAAGAUGAAAUUUAUUCAAGGCCGAAAAGAACUUGGUUUGUUACAGAGAAGGAGAAAAAGCUUGUAGCUAAGGAAGCGAAGGAAGCUCUGGGUAAGAGAAAAGGUUCUGGCAAUGAGGCAAUUAGUGCUGAACAAGCAGAAGAAUUGAAGAUGAAGGAAAAGAGAAAACGAGAGCGUGAGAAAAAUUUGCCUAGGAAAAAGCGAAGGAAAUUGGAGGCAGCGAGAGAAAUGUUAGAGGAAGAAGAAGAAGUUAAGGGAAAACAGAAAAGCAAGGAGGAUAAAACAGGAAUUUCUCUUGUUGAUGUGGCUUAUCGCCGAGCGAAGGCAGUAAAGGCCGCCAAAAGGGCUGUUGAGGCUGGCAAAAUCGUGAAGAAAUCCGUCAAGAAACCCAACCAAGUUCGUAAAUCGAGAUCAGAAGAGAUGCAGGAGCUUUUCGAGGGCGACAUGAGCGAGAAAAGGCAGAAAAGAACUUCUGCUCGAGGUGGCGGGAAGAGGAAAUCCUCGUUCAAGAGCAAGUCACGGUACAAGCGGCGGUAG